CUACUUUCCUUUACAGCCCUCAUGGUCUAUGAAUUCGCCGUAACACUGGAUCAAGAAAUCGCCGUGGUGUGGAAGAGAAAAUUUACGGCCACUUCGCUGUUGUUGCUGAGCAUUCGGUGGCUCAUGGUUCUGGCACCGAUUCUGGGAUGUCUGAAUGCCAUAGGACAAGCCUGGUGUGAGUAAAU